AUGUCUGAUUCUUUCAUUCCACCUGGAACGGUACAUUUCAAUCAAUCUUACAUGAAUUAUCAAUACGAAUUCAAUGGAUUCCCAACUGUUCUGGCAAUUAUUCCCUGGUUUUACAUGCUUCCCACUCUAAUUGUAAUCUUAAAAAUUGCGUCAGUCUACCUGAAAACCGACUGGGAUACAUUGGAAGCUGGAAAGAAUCAAUACGUUUUUCUUGUCAUUUCUCUCUCCCUAAUCUUCAGUUACAUCUUUUUCGUAUUUGAUUAUAUCGAGGUUCGUCUCCCAGCAACAGGAUAUUUCACUUCGUAUUGUGCUGGAAUUGCACCGAAUCACUGGCUGAAAAUGGUGAUAUUUCUUGGUUUUUAUAGUAAUUAUUGUGCGAUGGCAUUUCCUUUCUUGAUGCCAGUAGUAAGAUUGAUGAUAUUGAUGUAUCCAAAAGAUCAUAACAAGUACAACGUUGUAAUAAUGAUUGUCGGUGUCCCUCUAAUCCUGAUCUACCCAAUCGCUUGCACAUUCUUUCUGCUACCAGCCAUUGGUACUUGUAAACAAUUGGAAUAUCCAUAUCCGUUCGGAUCCAUUUGGGUCUAUUAUUAUGGAGCUGCUUUCGGGAUGAGAAACUCGACAUUCUACAUGACGAAUUCAAUCAUCUGGUUGAUCUUCGCCAUCAUCGCAAACAUUGCUCUUUUCUACAAACUGAGAAAAGCAAAAGAACGAUUGAUAACAGUUCAAACCAGUGGAAUAUCGCAUCGAGCACUAGUUUCAGUGACAAAGACUACUGUAGUCAUGAUCACCUUCUAUGUAACAAAUGGCAUUUUUAUACUAUCCUACUACCAAUUCUACGGUACAAACUCCUUAUUAUCCUACAGUAUUGUCCUCAGACCAUUUGGAAAUGAACUACAAAUUGUUAUGGUUGCGUGGAUAUUCUACUGCACUCAUCCAGUUUUCAAAAAGGCUGUAGUUAACACGGAGAUGUCAUUUGAAAGGAGAGAGCACACUAAAUGA